GCAUGUACAACAUUUUGGAUUAGUAUAAUGCUUUUACAACAAGUGUGUUAAAAAAAAUAUUUUUUUUUUUGACGUAAUUAGUCGCGUCACCUUCAUCAGAUUUUCAACUAAUCACUGCCAAUGUGAUUUCUCAACCCAAAUCAAUUUCUCAGAAGUUAGAAACCAUCUAGAGUCUGACCUCACACAAAGAAAAUGUCAGAAGAAGAACAACAACACAACUCUCCUUCCUUCUUCCCAUCUUGAAUCCUUCAAUCUCUCUGAUCCAGUCAAAGCUUUCCAGCAAUGGGGCCAUCCAUGGAACCCCUCUCCCUAGAAACCCAGCACCUAAUCAACAACAAAAACCCUCCUCCAAAACCACAAGAAGAAGAUCCCACGGAUCAAACAUCCCCACCAACCAAUUAUCUCUCCAACACCAAAUCCAUCCUGCUCGAGCCCCUCCAAUGGCUGCAAAUGCUGUCAUCCAACUUAAACCCAACAUUCAUCCUCGGGAUCUUCGUCGUCUACGGCCUCAGCCAGGGCUUCUCCGGCUCCUUCUUCAGGGUCGUCACCGACUACUACUGGAAAGACGUCCAGAAGCUGCAACCCUCAACGGUCCAGAUCUACAUGGGCUUCUACUACAUCCCCUGGGUCAUGAAACCCCUCUGGGGCCUCCUCACCGACGUUUUCCCCGUCGCCGGGUACAGGCGGCGGCCGUACUUCGUGGCGGCGGGGGUAUUGGGAUCUGCUUCCGCUCUGGCGGUGGCGCUGGUGGGGGAAUUGCCCGUGGCGGCGGCGCUGACUUGCCUGGUGGGCGUCACGGCCGGAAUGGCGAUCGCCGAUGUGACGAUCGAUGCGUGUAUUGCGAAGAGCAGCAUCGAAAUUAAGGGUUUGGCUGCCGAUAUGCAGAGCCUGUGCGGGUUUUGCUCCUCUGUUGGCGCUUUGAUUGGGUUCUCGACGAGUGGGUUGUUUGUUCAUCGACUUGGGCCUCAGCUGGCUCUGGUUCUUCUGGCGAUGCCGCCUGCUCUGGUGGCGGUGUUAGGAUUCGUCAUCUAUGAAGUAAAACGGUCUCCUGGUGGUCAGAAUGACGAGAAGGGAAACACCAGCAUCAAGUAUUUUCAUAACCAGGUAGUUGAAGACCUAGGAGUGGCAGUAAAAGGGACAUGGAGAACAAUCCAAUGCCCACAAGUAUGGAAGCCAUCCCUCUACAUGUACCUCUCAUUAGCCCUCAGCAUCAGCACCCACGAAGGCCAGUUCUACUGGUACACCCACCCCAAUCCUAACCCGAACCCUAACCCCGGUCCACCCGGUCCGGCCUUCUCCCAAUCCUUCAUAGGCAUGGUCUAUGCCGUGGGAGCCCUGGCCUCCAUCGUCGGAGUGGUCAUCUACCAGAAAGCCCUGAAAGACAUCCCCUUCCGCACCCUCCUGUUCUCGGCCCAGCUCCUCUACGCACUCUCUGGAAUGCUCGACGUGGUGUUCAUCCUGCGGUGGAACCUCUGGCUGGGCAUCCCGGACUCGUUGUUCGUGAUGGCAGAGGAGUGCGUGUCGAGGGUGGUCUCGAGGGUCCGGUGGACCCCGAUGAUCGUGCUGAGCACGAGGUUGUGCCCGUCGGGGAUCGAGGGCACGUUCUUCGCGCUGCUGAUGUGCAUCGACAGCUUGGGGUCGCUGUCGUCCAAGUGGGGAGGAGGGUUGAUGCUUCACUGGUUUGGGGUGACCCGAACCGAGUUCGGGAACCUGUGGGCGGUGGUUCUGUUGAGGAAUGGGUUGCGGUUGGGGACAUUGGGUUUGGUUUUUCUUGUACCGAACCGGGGUUUGGGGGAUGAGUUGGUUCCUGAUGGUGUUUUGGGAGUAGUGAGUGAUGGUUGUAGAGAGCUAGGGGAUGGAGAUGGUGGGGUUUUGCUUGUGGGUAUGGAAGGUGGAGAUAAGGGUGAAAGAACAACGUUAUUACAAUCUUAG